CUCCCCUCCGCGCAGGGCGGGCUCCGCACCCACGUGACCCCGCGGCCGGGCCGGGAAGCGACGGGACGCGCUGGGACCGGCGUCGGGGGUCGCGGGGACCAUGCAGCGGAGGUGGGUCUUCGUGCUGCUCGACGUGCUGUGCUUACUGGUUGCCUCCCUGCCCUUCGCUAUCCUGACGCUGGUGAACGCCCCGUAUAAGCGAGGAUUUUACUGCGGGGAUGACUCCAUCCGGUACCCCUACCGUCCAGAUACCAUCACCCAUGGGGUCAUGGCUGGGGUCACCACCACGGCCACCGUCGUCCUUGUCUCGGCUGGGGAAGCUUACCUGGUGUACACAGACCGGCUCUAUUCUCGCUCCGACUUCAACAACUACGUGGCUGCCGUCUACAAGGUGCUGGGGGCCUUCCUGUUUGGGGCUGCCGUGAGCCAGUCUCUGACAGACUUGGCCAAGUACAUGAUCGGGCGUCUGCGGCCCAACUUCCUGGCCGUCUGCGACCCUGACUGGAGCCGGGUGAACUGCUCGGUGUAUGUGCAGCUGGAGAAGGUGUGCAGGGGAAACCCUGCUGACGUCACCGAGGCCAGGCUGUCUUUCUACUCGGGACACUCUUCCUUUGGGAUGUACUGCAUGCUGUUCUUGGCGCUCUAUGUGCAGGCCCGGCUCUGUUGGAAGUGGGCACGGCUGCUGCGGCCCACAGUCCAGUUCUUCCUGGUGGCCUUUGCCCUCUACGUGGGCUACACCCGCGUGUCUGAUUACAAACACCACUGGAGCGAUGUCCUUGUUGGACUCCUGCAGGGGGCACUGGUGGCUGGCCUCACUGUCCGCUACAUCUCAGACUUCUUCAAAGCCCGACCCCCACAGCACUGUCUGAAGGAGGAGGAGCUGGAACGGAAGCCCAGCCUGUCACUGACGUUGACCCUGGGCGAGGCUGACCACAACCACUGUGGGUACCCGCACUCCUCCUGAGGCCGGACCCCGUCCAGGCAGGGAGCGGCUGUGAGUCCAGCUGAGGCCCACCCGGGUGGUCCCUCUGGCCCUGGUCAGGCACUGAGGGCUCUGGAUGGGCUCCAGGAACCCUGGGGUGAUGGCAGCAGUGAGCUGGCUCUGCUGCCCCCGCCCUGCACUGGACCAGGGGUCUGGGGGUGCCGGGUAGCCUCAGCAUUUGGAGGGGGACCUGUUCCCAUCGGUCCCCAAAUAUCCCCUUCUGUUUAUGUGGUUAAGGAAGGGACCGAGAGAUCAGAUAGUUGCUGUUUUGUAAAAUGUAAUGUACAUGUGGUUUUUAGUAAAAUAGGACACCUGUUUGACAA